UUCUCAUUGGCAAUGGAUAAGUGUAGUGCAGUGAUGUAGAGACUCCAUUUCCCAGGGUGCAUUGCAUGGAAGGGUGGAGAGUGGUUCCUCCUAGGUGAAGAUGGCGGCUCCCUUAACACUUGUCUUAAUUUUAGCAGUAUCGAUAAGAGCAGUGUUAUUUCGGUCGAGUUUGGCUGCACAAAUUUCGGAAAGGGUUGAAGUUGUAUCUCCUUUAAACUCGUGGAAAAGAGUUGUGGAGGGACUUGCUUUGCUGGAUCUGGGGGUCUCACCAUAUUCGGGGGAUGUGUUUCAUGAAACACCCCUUAUCAUAUACCUCUUUCAUUUCGUGGUGGACUAUUCAGAGAUUGUGUUUAUGAUAGCAGAUGGAAUCACAGCAGUUGCUCUCUAUUUGUCAGUGAAGACCUACAACAAAAAUGUGUUCAGAAAACAGAAGUAUGCCUUGGAAGCAGACAGGUAUCCACAUGACUGUCUGGAACUCAUGCGCUCACCCAAAGAGAUGUUCUAUAUUCCUCUCAAAGUGGCUAUGUUUUACCUGUUGAAUCCCUUCACUAUCCUAUCCUGUGUGGCAAAGUCUACCUGUGGCAUAAACAAUGCCAUCAUUGCAAUUUUCAUCCUCUGCACACUAAAAGGAAGUGCCUUGUUGAGUGCAAUAUUUUUGUCCUUGGCAACUUAUCAGACCAUCUACCCUCUCACAUUGUUUGCUCCCGCCCUUCUUUUUCUGCUACAGAGGUUAUAUAUUCCAGUCAACCCAUGCAGGAGUAGUUUUUGGAUUUACACCCUGCAAUAUGCCUUCAUGUUUGUUGGAAGUCUGGUUGUCAUUGUCUGCCUCUCUUUCUUUUUACUUGGAUCUUGGGACUUCAUUCCUUCAGUCUAUGGAUUCAUCCUCUCAGUACCAGAUCUUACUCCAAAUAUCGGCCUCUUCUGGUAUUUCUUUGCUGAGAUGUUUGAACACUUUCGAUUCUUCUUCAUCUGUGUCUUUCAAAUUAACAUCUUCCUGUACACCAUCCCACUUUCUAUCAAACUCAAAGAACAUCCAGUAUUUCUCAUCUUCAUGCAGAUUGCUAUUAUCUCCAUUUUCAAAUCAUACCCCACUGUAGGAGACAUAGCACUCUAUAUGGCCUUCCUGCCUGCCUGGAGCCACCUUUACAGAUUCCUGAGGAACAUCUUCCUGGUUUCCUGCAUUUUGUUAGCAUGUUCAGUCCUCUUUCCUGUGCUCUGGCAUCUUUGGAUCUAUGCUGGCAGCGCCAACUCAAAUUUCUACUAUGCCAUCACAUUGUUAUUCAAUGUUGGACAGAUCCUUCUCAUAUCGGAUUACUUCUACGCAUACUUGCGUCGGGAACAUCACCUGAGCCAGGGGCUGUACCUGCAGAGAAAAGAUGGGAGCGAAGCCACACUGGUGUUAAAAUAAUUGUUCAAAAAGUUGUACUUACCUCUUCUCUUUCUCCACCCUUCCUUGACCUCUUUUUUCGUUUUUUGCUGUCUACCCAACUUUUAUUUUAUUAUCAUUAAUCUGUAACGAAGAAAAUAAUGAAAUAAUGUACUACUAUUAAUAAUAAUGCAUUACAGUUUUCGUUCACCCACUGAGCCUGGGAUACUACAAUUCUCUAAAUCCCUAAUGCACAGUGUUAAAGUCAGUUUAAAUCCAAAUAAUCAAAUCAGUUACAGGGCUAUAUACUCAUUUAUCUUUCAGUUGCAUCAUUCCAGUUGGUAGAAUUUACCACCAUAAGUCAUAAUGUAUUUCUAACUAUAGACUGCACCUAUAUUUGUUUAAGAUUACAGUGUUCUAGUCAUCCUGGUUCUGUCACCAACAAAACACCCUAAUCUUUAUUUUCUUACAAAGUAACUUUCUAACAAACUAACUUCAACAAGUGCAUAUAUACUGAGUAAUACAAUGACACCUUUUUAUUGUAAGGAAUAGCCUUUCAAUGUUUUCCUUCUAAGCUAUCGCAGAACAAAGUCCUCAAACCCCUCAAGCCCUAAGUUUUGUGUACUACUGUACUAUUUACAUUCUUUUAGGUUGUUUUAAGGGGGAGUUUGAAACAUAAGGGAUGCAGAGGGGGUUUGACACAAGAGGGAUGUUUUCUAAGGAAUACAUGAAAAAAUGGCAUGCAAAUAAAGAAUAGUUCUUUAAUAA